UAACGUUAAAAAUUGUAAUACAAAAAUCUAGUUUUUACCAUUAAAGUUUGCGUCAUGAAUUGAAUUGAAGAUAGCUGAAAGGACUGGAAUAGUCAGUGUACAUUUUUGCACUGUUAAAACAUGGCUGCCCAUGUAAAUGGUAAGGGUGGGCCGAGGGGAACCCGUAAUGGGCCCCCUCGCUUGGUCAAUGGGAUUCCCCGCCUUCCCCCGAUCAACACUCCAGCAAGUGUCAUCUCCUCAAACAACAGAGACUACAGCAAGAGCAAACUAAUGACACAUAGAAGAGCCAAAGAAAUGCAAGGCUUGCUGACGGAUAUUCUGUAUAAGAAUGCGAAAGAGGUGGAGCUAGAUAUCGGAGACAGUAACAGGAAAAGGCCGCCAACUGCACAGAAUCCACACUACCCUAAAUCUAUGAUGAGCAAGGAUCGCAUGCAGAGGCAAAACUACCUCUUCAUGAAGCAGUGUGUUGAGAACAGCCCAGUGACGUCGAUGGAGUCAGAGUGGUUUCAAAACAUACUUGGUCUGAUACCGGACCAUCUGACACAGAACGCCAACAUGCAGGUGUUCAUCGAGGAGCUCUUCAAGGAGGUCAAGGUGGAGUGGACCAACAGUAUGAAGAAGUCCAUGGUUCAACAUGUUCUAGUCAAACCGGACAUCAAGGGGUUAGAAAAUGUGAACAUUGGAGAGCUCCCUGAAGAACCACAGGGGUUAGAUUACUCCAGACCAUGGCAUAACAGCUACGUUGAAUCACGCGACAUCAUGAUAAGAGCUCUACAUAUCACCCAUCCGUCCAUGCAAACUGUGCUUCGGCUCUGUCAGAACAGUCUAGGUCGCAUGGUCCUAGUUGACCUUAGCGGUCAAAGGUCGCAGGGACCCGUGGAGUGUGAACAUCUUAAGAAUAAUGUCAUCUUGGAGUGUGAGAAGAUGGAGGAGAAACAGAUGCACAGUUGGUGGCCAGAGGUCCUCAACGUCUUCGUGGACAGGAAGAACUUUGCAGAUGUCCUUCCUGAGCAGCUGGAAUCUUUUUACAACUGCACCUCUACACUUGUAUCAAAUCAGCUGAAAGACCUCAUAGUCCGCUCUAUCGAUUCCUGGGUCAGCCUCUUCAACCCCGACGACAAGUCCCACCUCCCGAUCUUCAAGAUGGAGCUGACCUACGACAACGACAAGAUGGAAUUCUACCCCUACUACUCGGACCUUGAGGAAUGCCUCCUCUUUAUCGUGACCCAACUCACCAAGACGAUGCAGAAUGUCCCCACGGUGCAGUCCUGGCUGUCCGGGACUAACGAUCUGAACAGCAUCGACGUGGCCAUCGCUGAUCAUAUUAUUGACGGGGCUAAGAAGGAACUCAAAGAGGCUUGCAAGCUGAACUUUGAGGGACCCACUCAGCAUCUUCAAUCCUACAUGGAUAGAUAUGAGUACCUGUGUAAUGGUGAGGCGCUGACCAAAGUACAGACCUUCUUAGAUGAAGAGCAUUCAUUUGAAGAAUACUGCCAGUUGAUUGAAGAAUUCCGUAGUAAGGCCCGAGAGAUUAUGUUGCAGGAUAGUAUCAUUCAUUUUGAGAUGGUUCGGCUCGACUGUGAGGACCUUAAGAGGGGACUCGCGGAGAAAUCAAGAAGUUUUGGCGACUUGCUCCUCGAUAGAAUGGCUUCCGACCACUGGAAAGAAAACGAAAACAUAUGCAACGAGUUUGAGACCAUCAAGGAGCGAGCCCUGAAGGUCCCUGAGGAGUCCGGUGAGAUGAUGGAGAUGAUCGCUUACGUUGAGAAGGCUCGUAUCGGCGGCAUCCAGGCCCUGAACGGCCGAAUCAACGAGAGCAAACAGAAGAUGAACUACCUCCUGGACGUCUACUUCUUCUCCCAGGAACAUAUCGACCUCAACUGCACGGUCUUAAUGUGGCCUAAGAAUAUCCAACCCGUAUUUGAUGACAAUGACGAGCUUGUGGAAGCCUCCAAGAGGAAGGGAGAGCGGGAACUUCUGGAGAAACGGGAGAAGGUAAUGGUGGAAUUGGACAAGAUCCGCAAGAGAGUGGCGGAGUUUGCCGAGUACGGAGAGCUUGAUAUGAUGGUACAGUACGUCAACGACGUCCGCGCAGUACAGAAGAGGAUCGCUGAGGCUCAAGAAAACAUCAACUUCAUCAAUAAGGAGGAGAAGCUGUUCAAGUGGGACGCUACAACUUACCCUGAGGUGGAUGAGAUCGCUGUAGCCAUUGAGCCUUUCAUGAAGCUCUUUAGUCUUGUCGUCAAAUGGCAGCGAGCUGAAAAGAAAUGGAUGGACGGAGCCUUCAUGGAGCUGGACUCGGAGUCCAUCGGGAACGAAGCUGACGACUACUGGAGAGACAUCUACAAGACCACAAAAGUCUUCAUCAACCAGAAGAAGAAGCGAGAUGCCGAGAAGGCCAAGGCGGCUCCGCCCAAGAAGAAGAGGAUCGGGGAUGAGGCUGAGGAGCCUGAAGAGAAGAAAGAGGAAGACGAAGAAGGUGGGGCUGCACUGAAGGUGUGCAACGUAGUCCAAGAGCAGAUCAAGGAGUUCCAGGAAUUCAUUCCAACCAUUGCCAUCAUGUGCAACCCUGGUAUUCGUACUCGUCACUGGAGUCAGAUGUCGGACAUCGCUGGAUUUGAUCUGACUCCAGACUCUGGGACUACGCUCCGCAAAGUCCUGAAACUCAGCUUGGAUCCCUACAUGGAGAAGUUUGAGUCCAUCAGUGCGGCUGCUAGCAAGGAGUACUCGUUGGAGAAGGCCAUGAGUAAGAUGGCUGAGGAAUGGGACCAGAUCCAGUUCACUCUGACGACGUACAGAGACACAGGGGUCAAGAUCUUAGCCUCAGUGGAUGAUAUCCAGACCAUGCUGGAUGACCAGAUCGUCAAAACGCAGACUAUGCGUGGAUCGCCGUUCAUUAAACCGUUUGAGAAGGAGAUCAAGGAAUGGGAGGAGAAGCUGCUCAGAGUUCAAGAGACAAUCGACGAGUGGCUGAAGGUACAAUCUCAGUGGCUGUACCUGGAGCCCAUCUUCAGCUCUGAAGACAUCAUGCAACAGAUGCCAGAAGAAGGGCGUUGGUUCCAGACAGUGGAUCGCAACUGGAAGGAGAUCAUGAAACACACAGUCAAGGACCCCAAGGUCCUGGCAGCUACUUCCUUGACCGGCAUCUUAGGGAAGCUAGUCGACAGCAAUGAUCUUCUUGACAAAAUCUUGAAGGGCCUGAAUGCCUACCUUGAGAAGAAGAGACUCUUCUUCCCACGCUUCUUCUUUCUUUCCAACGAUGAGAUGCUGGAGAUCCUCUCAGAGACCAAAGACCCGCUCCGCGUCCAGCCCCAUCUCAAGAAAUGCUUUGAGGGUAUUGCCAAGCUGGAGUUCCUUCCCAACCUGGACAUCAUCUCCAUGUUCAGUAGCGAGGGGGAGAAGGUAGCGAUGUCUUCGGUCAUCUCCACGGUGGAGGCGAGAGGCGCCGUGGAGAAGUGGCUUCUUCAGGUUCAAGACGUCAUGCUCAUCAGUGUGAAGGACGUCGUGGAGAGAUCACACAAGGCCUACGCCAUCGAAGCCCGCGAGGAUUGGGUUCAAGAGUGGCCAGGACAAGUUGUCCUGUGCGUCUCCCAGAUCUACUGGACGACGGAGGUGCACGAGGCUGUCCAAGGAGGGCCCCAGGGUCUCCGAGAUUACUACGACAAGCUUGAGAACCAGUUGCAGGAGAUCGUAGCUUUGGUUCGGGGCAAGCUCUCCAAACAGACACGUAUAACAAUGGGGGCGCUUGUCACCAUCGACGUACACGCUCGUGAUGUAGUCUUGGACAUGGCAGAGAAAGGUGUUGAGAAUGAGAAUGACUUCAAUUGGUUGGCUCAGCUCCGAUAUUAUUGGGAGAAUAAUACCGUCAUGGUACGCAUUACCAACUCACUGGUGAAGUACGCCUACGAGUACCUGGGAAAUUCAUUCAGGUUGGUGAUCACCCCUCUGACAGAUCGAUGCUACCGUACCCUCGUAGGAGCCUACCAUCUCAACCUAGGUGGAGCUCCUGAAGGUCCCGCCGGCACAGGCAAGACAGAGACCACCAAGGAUCUGGCCAAAGCCCUGGCCGUCCAGUGCGUGGUCUUCAACUGCUCCGACGGCCUGGACUACCUGGCCAUGGGGAAGUUCUUCAAGGGGCUUGCCUCGUCCGGGGCCUGGGCCUGUUUCGAUGAGUUCAAUCGCAUUGAGUUGGAGGUGUUGUCUGUGGUGGCGCAGCAGAUUCUGUGUAUUCAGCGCGCUGUGAUGACGCACCAGGAGACGUUUCUGUUUGAGGGAACUGAGCUUGUGCUGAAAGAUACAUGCUUUGUGGCUAUUACCAUGAACCCUGGCUAUGCUGGACGAUCUGAACUUCCUGAUAACCUCAAAGUGCUGUUUCGCACAGUAGCCAUGAUGGUGCCCGACUAUGCCAUGAUUGGGGAGAUCAUGCUGUACUCCUAUGGCUUCGUGGAUGCGCGUAACCUCUCCGUCAAAAUCGUAACGACGUAUCGACUGUGUUCUGAACAGCUGUCUUCACAGUUCCACUACGAUUAUGGGAUGCGCGCCGUCAAGGCCGUGCUGGCAGCUGCUGGGAACUUGAAGCUCAAGUUUCCUGACGAAAGUGAAGAUAUUUUGUUGCUGCGUUCCAUCCUCGACGUCAAUCUUCCAAAGUUUCUGUCCCACGACAUACCUCUGUUUGAGGGUAUCAUCUCUGAUCUCUUCCCCGGAGUGGUCUUGCCUCAGGCGGACUACAAGGUCUUCAUGGAGGCCGUGGAGGAGGUGUGCACCAAGAGGAACCUCCAGUGUGUGGACGCCUUCAGGGAGAAACUCAUCCAGACGUAUGAGAUGAUGAUCGUCAGACACGGUUUCAUGUUAGUCGGCGAGCCCUUUGCAGGCAAGACUGAGGUGCUCCAUGUCCUGGCCGACACCCUGACCCUCCUCAAUGAGAAGGGUCUCAAUGAAGAAGAGAAAGCCCUCUAUCGGACAGUCAACCCCAAAGCGGUCACCAUGGGUCAACUCUUUGGCCAGUUUGACCCUGUCUCUCAUGAGUGGACAGACGGAGUCGUCGCCAACACCUUCCGCGAGUUUGCCUCGACGGACACCACCGACCGUAAAUGGGUGAUCUUCGAUGGCCCCAUCGACACCCUAUGGAUUGAGAGCAUGAACACUGUACUCGACGAUAACAAGAAACUGUGUCUCAUGAGUGGUGAGAUCAUCCAGAUGUCUAACUGUAUGAGUCUCAUCUUUGAGUGUAUGGAUCUGUCUCAGGCCUCCCCGGCUACCGUCAGUCGUUGCGGUAUGAUCUACCUGGAGCCAUCUAACCUCGGCUGGCGACCCGUCUUCCGAUCCUGGCUCAACAAACUUCCAGAGGAGCUGAAGAAGGAAGAAGCUCUCUUCAUCGCUCUGUUUGAUUGGCUUCUGGAGCCAAGUAUCGACUUUGUGCAUCGAAACACAAAGGAAUACGUUCCAACGAGCACCAACAACCUAGCCAGAUCAUUGAUGUACUUUGUCAACAUGUUCUUAGCGGAUCACUUGAAACCAGACACAGACAUGAAGCAUCUGAAGGCUUGGAUAGUUUCCACAAUGUUUUUCUCCCUCGUCUGGUCCGUCGGAGCCGUCGUGGACACGGAUGGCCGAACUAAAUUUGAUGUUUUCUUCCGAGACAUCAUGUCCGGUAAGAAUGAAGCUCAUCCCUUCCCCAGUGAGAUAGGCGCCAAGCUGGACGUACCUCUCCCUACAGAGGGGUUAGUGUACGACUACAUGUAUGAUUACAAAGCACGAGGCAAGUGGAUCCAUUGGAAUGAGACCAUUAAGAACAUGGAUAUAGGGCAAGGGCGUAAAGUACAGGAGAUCAUUGUACCCACUAUGGACACUGCACGCUAUACCUACCUCAUGGAUAUAUCUAUCAGACAUCAAAGAGCGAUUCAGUUUGUGGGUCCCACAGGCACUGGCAAGAGUGUGUACGUGAAAGACAAACUCAUGAACAAUCUCUCCAAGGAUGAAUUCCUUCCUAUGUUUAUCAACUUCUCUGCACAAACCAGCGCCGGCCAGACUCAGGACAUUAUCAUGUCUAAGCUAGACAAGAGACGUAAGGGGGUCUUCGGUCCCCCUAUGGGUAAACGCUCAGUCAUCUUUGUAGACGAUCUCAACAUGCCUGCUAGGGAGGUGUAUGGUGCCCAACCACCCAUUGAGCUUCUCAGACAGUACUUUGAUCAUGGAAACUGGUAUGACAAGAAAGACACCACUAAGAUCGUCUUGACUGACGUCCAGUUCCUGACCGCCAUGGGGCCACCUGGGGGAGGACGUAACCCGGUCACAUCCAGAUUCUUACGUCACUUCAACAUUAUCGGUAUCACUCCGUUCAAUGAUGAGACCAUGCAGCGGAUCUUCUCUACCAUUGUCAGCUACUACCUCAGGGCAAACGAAUUUGCACCAGACUACUUCACUGGUGGCAACAUGGUCGUCGUCGCCACCAUGGAGGUCUACAAGCAGGCCAUGGCUAACCUACUCCCCACUCCGGCCAAGUCUCACUACACUUUCAAUCUGCGUGACUUUGCCCGUGUCAUCAUGGGUGUGCUGCUCAUCAAGAAGCAGGCCGUGGAGAACAAGAGGACGUUCACUCGGCUCUGGGUCCAUGAAGUCUUCAGGGUGUUCUACGAUCGACUGGUGGAAGACCAGGACAGACUCUGGCUGUUUGACAUCACUAAGACCCUGGUCAGGGACAUCUUCAAGGACAGUUUUGACACCGUCUUUGAGCAUCUUGCCAAAGAGGGCAAGCCGGUGUGCGAGGACGACAUGCGCAGUCUCAUGUUCGGUGAUUACAUGAACGUCGACGCCGAACCGGAAGACAAGAUCUACGAAGAGGUGAAGUCCGUCGAGGAGUUCAACAAAGUCGUUGAGAUCGGAUUGGAGGAGUACAAUAAUACCCACAAGACGGGGAUGAACCUAGUCAUAUUCAGAUAUGUACUUGAGCAUCUGUCGCGUAUCAGUCGCGUCCUGAAGCAACCCGGGGGUAAUGCCAUGUUAGUCGGAGUAGGUGGUAGCGGUCGACAGUCACUGACUAAAUUAGCGACUAGCAUGGCUGGAUUCCAUCUAUUCCAACCGGAGAUCUCCAAGAGCUACGGCAAGAAUGAAUGGCGGGAGGAUCUAAAGUCUCUGAUGAAGAAUGCAGGAGCAUUCGGCAAGACGACUGUCUUCCUGAUAACAGACACUCAGAUCAAGGAAGAAUCCUUCCUGGAAGACAUUGACAAUCUCCUCAAUACUGGAGAAGUGCCCAAUUUGUAUGCCGUCGAUGAGAAACAAGAAAUUAUGGAGGCUGUUCGUCCUGUAGCCCAGGCUGGAGAUAAGAACGCAGACUUUAGUCCACUGGCUCUCUUUGCUUUCUUCGUCAACCGUUGCCGGGAGAAUCUUCACAUCAUCAUCGCAUUCUCCCCUAUCGGUGACGCCUUCCGCAAUCGUCUCAGACAGUUCCCGUCUCUUAUCAACUGUUGCACCAUUGAUUGGUUCCAGGCAUGGCCAGAAGAUGCCCUGACGAGAGUAGCCUACAAGUUCCUUGAGACUGUGGAAAUGGAAGAGGAUGAACGAAAAGAGGUGGUGGACAUAUGCAAACAUUUCCACACCAGUGCAAGGAACCUCUCAUUCACCUUCUUGGAAGAGUUGGGCCGCCAUAACUAUGUAACGCCCACCUCGUACCUAGAGUUGAUCUCAGCCUUCAAGACACUUCUCGGCAAGAAACGAGAUGAGACAAUGAAGGCGAAACGUCGCUACGUGGUGGGUCUUGAGAAGCUUGCCUUUGCCGAGUCCCAGGUGGGCUCUAUGCAGAUCGAGCUGAAGGAACUUCAACCCCAGCUGGUGGUCGCUGCCGAUGAGAACCAGAAGAUGAUGGUGAUUAUUGAGAAGGAGUCUGUUGAUGUGGCCGCUACCAGCGAGAAUGUACGCAAGGAGGAAGCAUCAGCCAACAUACAGGCUGCGUCUGCUCAGGCCUUAAAGGACGAGUGUGAGAGUGAUCUAGCUGAAGCCAUCCCUGCCCUGGAGGCCGCUCUGUCUGCUCUCAACACGCUCAAGCCCGCCGAUAUCGCCGUGGUGAAGACCAUGAAGAAUCCACCCUCGGGCGUCAAACUGGUCAUGGCCGCCGUCUGCAUCAUGAAAGACAUCAAACCAGAGAAGAUCAACGACCCCGCUGGCACAGGAGGCAAGAUCCUAGACUUCUGGGGACCCUCAAAGAAACUCGUCGGUGACAUGAACUUCUUGAACUUACUCAAGACGUAUGACAGAGACAACAUUGCUCCUCACAUCAUGAAGAAGAUCCGUGCAGAGUUCAUGACCAACCCAGAGUUUGACCCGGUCAAGGUGGCCAAAGCGUCUUCCGCUGCCGAGGGUCUGUCCAAGUGGGUCAUGGCUAUGGAGGUGUACGACAGAGUGGCCAAGGUGGUGGCUCCUAAGAAGGAGAAACUCAAAGAGGCAGAGGACGACCUGAGCCAGACGAUGGCUCUCCUAAAUGCCAAGAGAUCUGAGCUACGUGCCGUUGAGGAGCGUCUAGCCAACCUCAAGCAGUCUUUCAAGGAUAUGACGGACAAGAAGGAGCAGCUAGAACAACAGGUGGACCUGUGUGCCAAGAAGCUGGUCAGGGCCGAGAAGCUGAUUGGAGGACUGGGUGGAGAGAAGGACAGAUGGACCACCGCUGCAGCCCAGCUUCAGAACAUCUACGAUAAUUUGAUGGGUGAUGUGCUCAUCUCAUCUGGUGUGAUUGCGUACCUCGGUGCCUUUACAUCGGCGUUCAGGUUCAGGUGUACCAGCGAGUGGACCAAGCUAUGCACUGCCAAGAAGAUUCCUUGUUCGGAUGAGUUCUCGUUGAGCAAGACCCUAGGAGAACCAAUCAAGAUCAGGGCGUGGAACAUCGCUGGUCUACCCACAGACAGCUUCUCAGUUGACAAUGGUGUCAUCGUUGAUAACUCCAGAAGAUGGCCAUUGAUGAUCGACCCCCAGGGUCAAGCCAAUAAGUGGGUCAAGAACUCUGAGAAGGAUAACAACCUGUCGGUGAUCAAGCUGACUGAUAACGACUAUAUGCGCAUCUUGGAGAACUGUCUGCAGUUUGGUACCCCGCUCCUCCUGGAGAACGUCGGAGAGGAGCUGGAUCCAUCCCUGGAACCUCUGCUGCUCAAGCAGACCUUCAAACAAGGUGGCGUUGAGUGUAUCCGUCUUGGUGAGAAUGUCAUCGAGUACUCGCAAGAUUUCCGUUUCUACAUCACCACCAAGCUGCGCAAUCCCCACUACCUGCCGGAGGUCGCCACUAAGGUGUCUCUUCUUAACUUUAUGAUCACACCGGACGGCCUGGAGGAUCAGCUCUUGGGAAUAGUGGUCGCUAAAGAAAGGCCAGAGCUUGAAGAAGAGCGACAGGCCAUGGUCCUCCAGAGUGCGGCCAAUAAGAGACAACUUAAGGAGAUUGAGGACAAGAUCCUUGAGACGCUGUCAUCUUCAGAGGGUAACAUCCUUGAGGAUGAGUCGGCCAUCCGCAUCCUUGACUCCUCUAAGGUCCUCUCUGAUGAGAUCUCUAAGAAGCAGAAGAUCGCCGAGGAGACAGAGAAGAAACUGAACGAGUCCCGUGCCGGCUACCGGCCGAUCGCUAAACAUUCCAGCGUCUUGUUCUUUAGCAUUGCAGACCUCCCUAACAUUGACCCCAUGUACCAAUACUCCCUCACGUGGUUUGUCAAUCUCUACAUUAACUCCAUCCAUGACAGUAACAAGUCUAAGAUCCUUGAGAAGAGGCUACGCUACCUUUCGGACCACUUUACCUAUAACCUGUACUGCAGCGUCUGCCGAUCGCUCUUUGAGAAGGACAAACUUCUCUUCUCCUUCAUACUGUGCACAAACAUCCUCAUUGCGGAAGGUGAACAGCAUGCGGAUAAGAAGGAGAUGGACCAGGAGGAGUUUAUGUUCUUCCUGACCGGUGGCGUCGGUCUGGAGAAUAAACUAGAGAACCCAGACUCCUCGUGGCUCUCUGAUAGGAGCUGGGAUGAGAUAUGCAGAAUGUGUGAUAGACCCGCCUUCAAAGGCUUCAGGGACCACUUCCAAGACCAUUUAGAAGAGUGGCGAUCGCUGUAUAACAGCAAGGAGCCACACAAGGAGACCUUCCCCGCCCCCUGGAACAAAAAGCUCACAGACUUCCAGAAGGCCAUUCUUAUUAGAUGUCUCAGGCCAGAUAAGGUCGGCCCUCUUGUCACCGACUUUGUCAUCAGCAAGCUCGGUCAGAAGUUUGUCCAGCCGCCACCAUUUGACCUGGCUAAGAGCUUCGUAGACUCCCACUCCUGCGCCCCUCUCAUCUUCGUUCUGUCCCCUGGGGCUGAUCCCAUGGCUGCCCUCCUCAAGUUUGCUGGUGACAAAGGAUUCAGUGGAGAGAAGUUCAAUGCUAUCUCACUAGGACAGGGACAAGGUCCUGUAGCAUCCAAGCUGAUAGAGGCAGCCAGGCAGGAGGGCACCUGGGUAGUGCUUCAGAACUGUCACUUAGCGGUCUCUUGGAUGACUGCACUGGAGAAACUCUGCGAGGAGUUCACUCCGGAGACGGUGGUUGGUGAUUUUAGACUCUGGCUGACCAGCUACCCAUCAGACAAGUUUCCGGUGACCGUACUCCAGAACGGUGUGAAGAUGACCAACGAGCCUCCAACCGGUCUAAGGAUGAACAUGUUACAAUCUUACAUCAGUGAUCCGAUCAGCGAUGAGGAAUUCUAUGCAUCUUGCCCAGGCAAGGAGACUGCGUGGGAGAAGCUUCUGUUUGGGAUGUGUUUCUUCCAUGCUCUGGUCCAAGAAAGGAGAAAGUUUGGUCCGUUGGGCUGGAAUAUCCCGUAUGGUUUCAACGAGUCCGAUCUCCGCAUUAGUAUCAGGCAGUUACAGAUGUUCGUCAAUGACUACGAUGAUGUCCAGUAUGACGCCAUCACCUACCUGACCGGGGAGUGUAACUACGGCGGCCGCGUGACAGACGACCGUGACAGACGCUGUCUCCUGACCAUUCUUGCGGAUUUCAUCUUGCCCAAGGUUGUCCAUGACCCCAAGCAUAAGUUCUCACCCAGCGGGAACUACUACCCGCCUCCCCAGGGAACCUAUGAGGAAUACUUGGAGUUUAUUAAGAGCAUGCCCACAGUACAGGAACCUGAGAUCUUCGGCAUGCAUGACAACGUGGACAUCUCCAAGUCACUGCAAGAAACCAAGCAGAUCUUUGAUUCCAUCUUACUGACUCAAGGAGGCAGGGUUAGCGCUGGAGGAGGAAAGACCGACGAUGUCCUCUUUGAGAUUGCACAGGACAUCCUCUCCAAGUUGCCCAAAGACUACGAUCUGGAGGAAGCCUUGAAGAAGUUCCCGGUGAUUUAUAACGAAAGUAUGAACACUGUUCUGGUUCAAGAGAUGGAACGCUUUAAUAAUUUGGGAAAGGCGAUUCGCAGCAGUCUUCAGAAUCUCCAGAAGGCCAUCAAGGGUCUGGUGGUCAUGUCUUCAGAGCUUGAAGCCGUGGCUAGCAACCUCCUCAUUGGAAAGGUGCCAGAGAUGUGGUCCAAACGCUCUUACUCCACCCUGAAACCUCUAGGUAGUUACAUCACAGACUUCUUGGCUCGUCUGAAGUUCCUCCAGGAUUGGUACGAUAACCUGAAGCCCGACAUCUUCUGGCUGUCAGGCUUCUUCUUCACCCAGGCCUUCUUGACUGGCGCUAUGCAGAACUAUGCCCGAAAGUACACCAUCCCUAUUGAUAAGUGUGGGUUUGAGUUUGAGGUGUUGCCCUGUGAAACAGUGGAGAAGCCCCCAGAGGACGGAGUCUACGUCAAUGGUUUAUUCCUGGAUGGAGCACGCUGGGAUAGGAAAAAGGGACUUCUUGCCGAGUCUCAACCCAAGGUUCUGUUUGACCCCGUUCCUGUCAUCUGGGUGAAACCUGGUGUAAAAUUAGACUUCAAACCGAAAACCGACUACGUGUGUCCCUUGUACAAAACCAGCGAGCGCAGAGGUCAGUUGUCGACCACGGGGCACUCCACUAACUUUGUCUUACCCAUGGAACUACCCACGGAUAGACCGGUUCAGCACUGGAUUAAGAGGGGUGUGGCACUGCUGUGUCAACUGGAUGACUAGGUUUAGUUAAACUGGUUUAAGUUAGUGGGAUUGUGGAUUAAGCUGGCCUCAGUGGUAAACUGUAACAGCUAUUGAUGACAGAGUUAAGUAUAUAGACAAAUGUUUUAUUAAACACAAUUUUGUUGUUCAAAAACUUUUGUUUUAAAUAGAUCACUUGUUUCUUUAUAUAAAGAAAACAGUUUGUAGUAUCAAUCUGUAUUUAUUUUUUUUGGUACUUUGCCAUAGUAUUCAAUAAUUAUUCAAAUGUCAUAAAGCUAACCAACAAA